AGCUCAGCAAUUCUACAUAAAGCCCCUCCCCUCCCCCCGCCACCUGCCGGACCUCACUCCUCUGUUUCUCCUAUUAUUCAGUCCUGUUUGUUCAGUCCUGGAUGCUUGCCCUUGACGUUCUCAUUCAUUAGUCGGACUUCAAUGGUCAGCCAACUUUCAUGCCACUGUAGCAGCCGAGAGUUGGAGCCCUUUCGAAUAAAGGAUGGCAUGGAACCUUCCACCGCCGCCAACACGCCUAAUCUGACAUUCCUGAAGCUCAUGAUCCUUCUCCCAGAUCAUCACGACGCCCUCGAAUUGUUCUACGACCAUGUUCUCCAUGUGUCACCCAUCAGUGGAUUCGCCAGCCAUCACAGCCGACUCCAGCACUAUGAGACAGGGCUUAAAGCAGCCUGCAGCUUCACCGCAUCGAGACAUGGGCUCCCGGGAGAGCAGGCAAUUCGCUGCAAUUAUUGCUAUACAUGACUGACCACGUCGCCAGCGCGAACUAACAGCGAGAUCAUAGGACAGCAAUCACACGAUGCUCGCGCUUCACGGUGGUCCGCAGAACAGCAGGCUUCGCGGGCUCCAGAUUGCAAAUGGGUUGGUUUGGUGGCUGGGACGAGAUGAUCUGCCUUCACACCCGAGCGCGGGCGUUGAUUCGAUCGCUUGCUAGCCAAACUCCCUCAGGUUAGGUUUUUCACACAGCAGCGCGCAGCACCGUGGCAGAAGCAGAAACUCCCCCCAAUUAACGAUAACGCACCACACUCUGGACGCCUACCUACGCCGAAGCUCCCUGCUCCUCACCUCCCUUUUCACUUCUGUGCCUGUUCGCCUCCCUGCUGGGCCCAGAAAACAUCGACUUUCAGUCCUCGGCCUAGUCGCCGGUCUGCGCCGUGAGUGUCACCGCACCGCACCGCACCGCACCGCGUUGCGUUGCGUUGCGUUUGAGGGGAAAAGACACUCCACCAGCCGCCUUUCCCAGGCUUGCCCCAUCCACAACACUCGGCAACACUCCGCCAGUAGUAGUAACCAGCAGGAUCCAGUUCCAGAUCCCAUCUCGAGGCUCACGUUCCAGGCCCGAGUUGUAUCUUUAUAGGUAUGUUGUCGCGGCUGUCCUCCCUUGCCCUCCAUGCUGCUGCCUAUUCGGACAUAACGCUGGUUGACUUGCCACCUCACCGGCGACUUCUGAUCACACCACCAACACGUGAUUCUCACCCAGCAGAGCCAUCACCGUCGGGCGAGCCAUCAAUUCGAUGCGCAGAUCCAAUGACAUACACGGCGCACCAACAAGCACAAGCUGACGAUGUAUUUUUCAUAGUGAUCUCGACACAGCUUGCGACAUUUCGUCGGUAAAAAUAGAACCUAGUCCGCCCUAGCAGCACUUACCCGCCUUCGGCCUCGCGCGGUUUGACUUACGGCGAGCAGAGAACCCUCUGAGCAUACAUCAACAGCCAGGCGCGAUAUUAACUUAGAUGGGCUGCCUCACUAUCUCAUAGAAAUGAGCUCCUGGAUGAACGACGCCGCCGUCCAGAACCACAAUGGCGCCGGCUUCAAUCUCGAUCCCAACCCCAACGGAGCCAUGCUCGAGAACUCGACCUUCAUGAACAACCCUCCCUCCUUCGAUCCUUCCCAAUUCCAAAAUCAGCAACUACAACAGAGGAUGCAAAAUGGCGGCGCGAUGCGCAAUGGCUCUCCUGCCUUUAACAAUCCCGUCUAUCAGACUAACCCCGUGGUUCCUGCAAAGAGACCACGACCGAGGGAGGACAGCUUAGGGACAUCGCCGCGUCAAGCACCUGGUAUGCUGCCAAACUCGCGAUCCCAAACGCCGCAACAAGCUCCGUAUCCAGGGUUUCCCCAGAACGGUACUCCACAACAUCCGCCUCAGCAACCUCCAUAUGCACAUCUGCAGAAUGGUUCAGCGAAUGCCAGUCCGUCUCCAAUAAUGGCUAACCAGCUCCGUCCCGGAGGCGUCCCGCAACGAGUCUCUACCGCGUCUCCACAUCCGUUCUCCCCAGCUGCGCAACAAUUUCCUCAAGCAUCACCAUCACAAUCAGAACAAGGAGGAAGGACCGAGACGCCUCAGCCGGGUAACCCUUACGCUCAGAACCCUGGGUUUGCUCAAGGAUUCGCUCAAAACUUCACACCUCCACCUCAACGAUCAUCAGCACCACCUCCGAGCGGCAUGCCAACACCUCAGAUGCAGCAACCACACAUGCAACAACCUCAAAUGUAUCAGCAAGGCCAACAACCACAGCCUGGACAGCAACGACCUCAGAAUCAUCUAGACCAACAAAAGAUGAUGUACCAGCAGAUUCAAUUACAACAGCAGAUCCAGCAGAGGAAUAUGAUGGCAGCUCGUCAGCAAAACCUCCCGCCAGGAGCCAGUCCUAUGGGUAAAGGGCCUAUGCAAGCACCAAACGGCCAAUUCGCGGGCAUGCGCCCCCAGCAACCCCCUGCGCCUUCUCGCAGUGGUCCAAAUCCAGAAAGCUUUAUGAAGAGCUUGGUUGCAUUCAUGCAGCAGAAGAAUCUUCCCCUCGAUAUGAAUCCCAUUGUGGGUGAUCGUCAAGUAUCACUGUUGACAUUAUACAUGGCCGUAAUAAAGUUUGGGGGAUACAAAAAGGUUACGCAGCAGAAUGGUUGGAGUCAGGUUGCUCAAGCCAUGCAGUUCCAUCCAUUGCAGAACCAAGCGGCGCCUCCACAAUUGAAAAGCCAUUAUGAGCGUAAUCUUCUGCUGUUUGAAGAGGCAUGGCAACUGAAUCAACAACGCCAAAGGGCCGCCAUGAUGCAGCAAAAUCCCAAUAUCCCUGGAGGGCCUCAGAUGUCUCCAACAAAACCGAUGAACCCUCAAGCCAUGCAGCAAUCACAGGGCUUUCUUCAGCAACAGCAAAUCAUGGGCCAACAGCAUCACAUUCAGCAACAACAUCCCCACACAACUCCUGUCAAACAAAUGACUCCAAUACAUCACGCUCCGCCAGCCUCAGUGAACGGCUUCUCGACCCCACAACAAGCUCAAGGGCCACAUCCAAUGGCCAUGGCUCAGCAAAGCCAUUCGAGAAACAGCCUCUCUAGAAAUGUCGAUGCGACACCGACGCAGAAUGGAUCGACUUUUACAAUGCCGUCUCCCAUAUCUGCAAGUAAGCUUGGAACUUUAUCGUCGCCACACCUUGUCAGUGCAACCGAUCCAGCCGCGACCAAACCACACAAUCUCCCCAAAGAGUUACAGCCAAAGGUGCGGGUUCUAGAUAACUGGGGUGGAUAUGAGUUAGAGUCACUGGAGAGAAUCGGAAAGAAGAUUUUGGCAUACCGACCUGACAUGCCACCUGUCGGAGACAUGGGAAUGAUCGAUAUUCAUGCUUUGACCAUGAGUCUACAGUCGGGCAUCAAUGCUGAAGUACGGAUGGCCCUGGAUACUCUGGCCAUGUUGACACUUUCAUCAGUCCGACUAGAUGUGCGCCAAUGCGAGGAUCUUGUGGAGACCAUAGUUGACUGCGCUGAAGUGCAAGUCGAAUUACUGGCAGAGAAUGCGGCAGAGGUCUCAGACGUGAUGCUCAUCAGCUCAUAUGAGGACGUGGCCCGUGGAUGUCGGUCUGACAAUCAGGGCCUGCGAGAAAUUCCACUCUUUGGCUCACCUGAGUACGAGCUGGAUCGAGCUGUUGAAAGGUUAUUAUGCCUUACAACUAUUCUCCGAAAUCUCUCGUUUGAGGAAUUCAAUCAUGCCCUUCUAGCCGACGAACUCGUCAUCAAGUUUCUAUGUGUUGUCAUUCGAUACCUUGGCACUCGAAACAUGUUACUUCGAACGAACCAGAAUACCUUGGACUUCAUGAAGGAUGUCAUUACAUUUCUAUCCAAUCUGGCCCAGUCCGUUGAAUUGCCUGGACGGGAGCAAGCGUUAUGCAUGAUUCACUUCUUGCUUGCCUUUGCGCCAUGCCCUCCGCCCAACACGACGAACUCUGACACGGUUUCGUUCUCUUCAUUUGAUCCCGCUGUUCACAUAUACCUUCCUUGUGCUGUGGACACGCUUGCCAAGCUGUUGGCCAGAGACGAACCCAAUCGGACACAUUACAAGACUAUAUUCGCUUCAGAUGUUGCCUCCUUCCCACCAUUCGACCUCUUGACUCGAACAUUCGGUCUUGCUAUCUCGACGAUACCAGACGAAAAGCCCGAUUCCAAACGAGGCGGCCUACUUGCGGUCGUUGAGGCGCGGAAACCUUCACUAAUGCAAGGAAUGCUUGCUGCCGAGAUUCUGUCCAAUCUUGCACCUGGGUAUGAAACUGGUGUGGCAAAAUCCUGGCUGACAUCUGAUGACGGCUUCGCCCACAGGCUCUGUCGCCUGAUAAUGAUGUUGUGCCUCGAGGCAACACCUCACCUACAACAUCAACGAGCACCUGCUUUUCCUAAAGGUGUCGAGGAUGAAGCAUUGCUUCAUGUUACAAUGGGCAGCAUUGCAGUCCUUCGCCGAUUGGCAGAGAAAUCCAAAGACCCGGAAGACUUAACAUCUACUAUACCCCUCCACGGUCUGCCAUCGAAGGAUAGCUUGUUAGGAACACUGCGGAUCGUGCAACCUCGACUUCAAGGGGUUCUAAAACAAUUGUGUGCAUAUGCGGGGCUAGGCACAUAAAUAGCCAGAGGACGCAAAACAUGAUCCCAAUCUUAUACCUCACAUUUGUAUCACAUUUCCAUAGACGCAUCCAAUGACCUAUUAUCAGCGUGUGGAGUCGGUCGGCCGGCGUUUUACUUGAUGGGUGUGAAUGAAUUGCCUUUUGUUUACCAGCAUGGCUUCAUUGGUUAACGAAGUUACUACUUUUCCUUGGUUCUUGGAUUGUUACAUUCUCUGUCUUGGUGUGUCUCGCUCUCUCGGGUUGCUAUUGUAAAGUUGUAUCGGCUUGGUUUGGGUCUUUCUACGUCGAGAGUGGAACGAAAGGUGAGGGAGUGAGAGUGAAGGCAAUAUGUGUGGGAUGAUGGAGUGGCUGUAUUGGAAAGGAUGGGAACGAUACUAGUAGUGUACAUAUAGCAUUAUUUUGUCUACAGAGAGAAGAACGCAGAGACAGACAGACAGACAGACAAUGCAAUGAAUAAAUUGCUUGCUUGGAUCGGCUCUCCACUUGCAAAAUUUCCUGGUUGAAACGAGAUUUCAAGUCGGACGAGGUCGAUAUUCUAUCUAUGGUACAUUUCAUACAUCUAAUGGCCCUACAAUCCUACUGGAAAUUUGACUUCAGUUAUCUCCUGAUUGAAGGCUUUACUAGACUCAAAGCCCUUCCAAUCCCCCAAUACAGUAAGUCUACAAUGCAAGCAUCUAUGAUACAAGCGUCGCCCUUCGCACUCCGCUGAUGAUAUCCCAUAUUGCCUCCACUCUCUCGCCAUCCUAAUACCUUCCUGGUGACCGGUCCUUUUCUAUUGUUGCAGAUCCGUGAAGAAUUUCUCGAUUUGGGGCUUCAUAUGUCCCUAUUAGGCAAAAUGUUAGCAAGUUACAUUCUCCUUCAUCUCAAUGCAUGCUCCCCUCGACAAGUUUGCCAAAAGUCAAGAUCCAAACCAUCUAGCAGAACUCCACAACCUUAUAGCCAAUCAUCCGAAACCCCAUCAAGACCUGUUAUCCCUCUGAUUCCUUAUCAUUUGCCCUUUGCCCUCCCCUUUUCCCCCCAAGCAACCGAACUGGAAGAAAAAGAACAUACCUUAACAAUAACCUGCCUCGCCAAUUGAUUGACCGUCACAUCCCCCUCUUUCAUACCCAGCGCAACCUGCAGGUCCGUCUUCAGCAUAUUCACAUCUCCUUCUAUCUUGCGCACGCGCGUGAGCUUCUUGUUGCCGCCGGCUUUCCAGAGGAGGUAGAUGGGGAGUUUGUUGCUGGGUGUGCGGACCAAGCGAUAGGGCUUGAGUGGUGCGGUCUUGGUGUAUGUUGAAGGCGAAGAGGAUUGUGGUGUCUGAGCUGAUGCUAAGGGAGAGGAGGAAGACGACGUGGGUGUGGAUGUGGUUGUGCUUGAUGUUGAUGUGUAUCGGAGGGUUGUUGACUGCGAGAGUGCUGGGCGAGAUAGGUUGAGGUAUUUGUGGAGAGUUGAGGGUCGUGGGAGGGACAUUGGUCGGAGGAAGGAAAGGGGGAGUGUAGACGCCAUUGUAGAGGUGGGGAGUUGUGGUUGACUGAAGUGCUACUUGAAUCUGCCGAACAGCUCAGAAAGUUGAGCUUGAUGUUGUCGCGAAUCCAGAAUGGAAAGUUGCGCUAGGGAACUAGCGAGGCUGACAGGGGGUGGAGUAACAUACUCAGAGGGACAUAUUCUCA